AUGUUAUUCAAUCAGAUCCAGUCAAUGUUUAACAAGUCGAUCGAAGAACAACACUCCUGGGCUAGUAAAUCCCUUAGAACUGUUGCAAAACAGAUUAUUGCUGCAGAAAGAGGCACUUACUUGUCUGACAGUGAAAAAGAAAAUAAUAUGCAGAAAGUCCUGGAUCAUUUUGAGGCUCUGAUGCUUAUUGCAUUGAACCCUGAUCACCAGGCCACAUGUUUAAAUUUGUUGGGAAGAAAUGAGACUAUCAACUCCAGUGACGUCAUUUCUGUUAUCUCCAACAAUGUUUCUGCCAACAAUAACGAUGUUACAAGCUCGCCUGACAACUCUGAUUCUGAGUUUCGCCCUUCUCAGUAUUUGCGAAGAUCCAUUGUUUCAUCUGUUGAGCCCGAAAGCCCAGCUCUGCAAGCACAAAUCCAACAGCUUCAUUCUGCUUUAAAAGCCCAACAAGAGGCCGCUGCUCUGGAGAUAGAGAGGCAAACGAGCAGUAAUACUCGAUUAAUGAAGCAGAUAGAUGAGCUCAAAGCUAACCACACUACAGAGCUUAAUAAAGCCAAGCAGGAAUUCGAAAGACACAUAGAACACAUUCGUCCACACAACCAAAGACACAACCAUACCGAUGAAAGUAUUGUCGGCCAAUCUCUUCCAGAAGUCGACGGUGUGCGCUUGGUUAAAAGCAGACACUUGAAUCCAACCGAGUCCCACGACCGGAAUAUUAGGUAUACACAGUUUGAAGCAGCUGCUGGGGAAAAGUUAAUUUAUCUAUAUAAUACACAAAAUGGUAAAAUUAUUUCUACUGAGGAUGCUCUUGCACAAUACACGGAGGCCUCACAGUCUUCACCUCCAUUACCUCCCGUCGCUGUUAGUCAACAACUAUUUCCAGAUCCACCAUUCCUUCGUGUCCUUCCUCAGUCUUUUGUUCCCGCUACUGCCGACUCGCCUCUGACCACCAAUGAACUUAUGCACAUUCAAAGCUCCUCCAGUGAGCUAGAUGAGCUAGCCUCGUCACCUACCUCGGCAUCGUCCCACUCUAUCCAUCCAGUUCUUACUGCUGUUCUUGUUGCUCACCAAUCAUACGAAGCUCAACUGCCUCGAACUAUCAAUCAGGCCAUGUCACAUCCCGAUGCUGCUGAAUGGAAAGCUGCAUGCAUUCGUGAACUGUCUGCCUUUCGCUCACAUGAAACUUAUGAACUGGUUCCUCUUCCCACCGGUCGUCGCUCUUUAGGUUCUCGCUGGGUAUUUACUGAGAAAUCAAAUGGUCUGAAGAAGGCUCGGCUAGUCGCCCAAGGAAACUCGCAGAAAGAAGGCAUUGACUAUAGUGAAACUUUUGCCCCAGUCAUUCGUUAUGACUCAGUUCGCCUGUUUCUUGCCAUGGCUGCCUCUCUCAAACUUCGUAUUCAUCAAAUGGAUGUGGAUACCGCAUUUCUCAAUUCUGCUAUUGAUGGGGAGGUCUAUGUUCGUCAACCUCCAGGGUUUCUUGACUCUCACUAUCCGACUCAUGUUUGGAAACUAAAAGGUGGGAUGUACGGUCUGAAACAAGCCCCGUUUCUAUGGAACACACACAUUAACGAGACGCUGCUCUCAUUUGGGUUUACUCGUCAUGCUGGUGAAUACGGUCUCUAUUUCUCUAAAUCUGCCGAUGGUUUGGUCCUUGUCGCCUUAUAUGUUGAUGACUUACUGAUUGCUGCUCCAUCUUCCAAGGCAAUGACUCCCUUAAAAGAGUUGCUCUGUUCUUCGUAUUCCAUGAAGGAUCUAGGUCCUGUUAAUAAGUUUCUCGGAAUGACCAUUAAACAAUCCGAGAAUAGCAUUUCUCUAGAUCUCUCUGAGUACAUUAGCUCUGCUGCGAGCACGUCCCAAAUCAACGUGGACAAGGCUGUACACACACCAUUAUCCAAGACCACUGACUUAUUUGGUGAUACUUCACCUCUAUUAAUCAAUAUCACCCCCUAUCAGAGCCUGAUUGGUCAACUGUUAUUUGCUGCCAACGCAGGAAGACCUGACAUCUCGUUUGCUGUGUCCACUCUAUCCCGGUUUCUUGAAUCCCCACGUCAAGUUCAUUUCGCUGCUGCUCAACGUUUGCUCCAGUAUCUCUACACCACUCGCUACGAUAGUCUGUGUUACAAAACGAGUCAUCCCCUUUCUAUCUCUAUCUAUACCGAUGCUUCGACCGCUUCCAAAGAUGAUCUCCCUUUUUCAACAGGGGGAUAUAUCACUACAAUGGCCGAUGGUGCGGUCACGUGGUCUUCGAGGAAGAUUAAAUCCACCGUCUGUUUGUCCUCAACCGAAGCUGAAUGCAUAGCUGGGAGUGAGGCGGUCAAAGAAAGUCAAUGGCUGGUCAACUUCUUUAAGUUCAUGGAUCUGAAGAUAUAA